GGCGGAGCAGCUGGCACUGCGAACGGUGCGGGGGCGGAUCCUGCGGGAGCGGACGGGACGGGACGGCGCGCCCUGAGGCGGCCGCGGGUAAAUCAACAACCCGCGGGUCCGCUCAAAAGAGAUUACAGUUCAGUUUGGUCCUCAAAAGAGCUCCAGGGAAACAAUGAAUCUGUUUCUGGAGCUUCUCCUGUUCCUGGCCACGCUCCUCUACUCCUACCUGGAGGCUUUUGUGAAGCUGUUCGUGCCUGUGAGGAGAAAGUCUCUCAGCGGGGAGCUGGUGCUCAUCACGGGCGCUGGCCAUGGCGUCGGGAGAGCGACCGCCUUGGAGUUCGCCAAGCGCCAGAGCAGGCUGGUUCUGUGGGACAUCAAUAAGCACGGCGUUGAGGAGACGGCGGCAGAAUGCCAGAAGCUGGGAGCCACUGUUCAAAGCUUCGUGGUGGACUGCAGCAAACGGGAGGAGAUCUACAGUGCUGCAGACAAGGUUGGGUAUGCUACCACGAGAGCUUUCCUGCCAGUCAUGAUGAACAACAACUAUGGGCACAUUGUCACGGUGGCUUCAGCAGCAGGUCAUUUUGUGACUCCUUUCAUGGUGGUAUAUUGCUCAAGCAAGUUUGCUGCAGUUGGAUUUCAUAAAGCUCUGACAGAGGAGCUGUCUGCCCUGGGAAAGGAUGGAAUAAAAACAACAUGCCUUUGUCCGGUUUUUAUAAACACUGGAUUUGUCAAAAACCCCAGUACAAGGCUUGGAAAGAUUUUGGAGAUUGAAGAAGUCGUCCAGGCUUUGAUGGAAGGAAUAGUGACCAACCAGAAAAUGGUUUUUGUUCCAUCAAAUCAGAGCAUUGCUUUACUGCUUGAAAGGGUGUUUCCAGAACGUGCCCUGAACCUUCUGAAGAAGAUGUCUGAGGUGAAGUUUGAUGCAGUCAUUGGGCAGAGAAGCACCCAGUGAAAAGCAAGAAUUGAUUCUCAUUUCCCAGAGGCACCAGUGAAAAGAGAACAUGUGCUGAGCGUAUUUCAGCUGCUUUGAUUCAGAACAGAUCUCAGUCAGGUGCUUCCAGGCCACCAUUCCCAGGCACACCUAAGGGCUUCUCCCACAUCUGCAGCUGGAACACAUCUGCAUAACAGGGAAUGUUAGCAAAGCAGUGAUGCAGCUCUAGAAGGGCUGCUUUGAAUGUACAUCCCAUUGCCUUUGUCUCAUUGUGCUGGGGCAGGCAGGAAUUCCCACAAAGGUGGGUAGCCUGUUUUCACCUCAAUUUAUAUUGUUGAAUUAUAAAAUGCUCUAAUGAACACUGAAUUUCCCAUAUUUUUGUAGGAAGUACCUGAAACAAUACAGGUGUAUAUGUAGUAUACCUAAUUACAUAGGUUAUCAAUUAUACAUUUGCACCAUCAAUAUGCCUUUAUAUGAAUAAAUGCAGUUCUUUAACACAA